GGUCGCCUCCAGGGACCAAUUGGGAGCUCUGAGAAUUUGCUCUGCCCUGGAGCGCAGCGAUCUCAGCCUUUCCUAGGUGGUCCCCGCGGUCAGCCCUGGCUGCGGGGCUUAGCUUGCGGUCCUAGUGGCUUCAUCCCGGUGUAGUUGGUCCCCCUCGGCCUGUCUGGGAGCUGUGAGGACCGCCUAGGGACUGAGUCACUGGCGACCCCGUGCGGUGGCUCCCUCUGGCCCCCGGGGCUGGGCCGGGCUCUCCGGGCCACCGUCGUGCGCCGCCCCCUCCCCGCGCCGCAUACCUUGCCCACAGCGGAGCAGCUGGGAGGCUAUUUAUAAAGGCGGGUGAGAUCAGCGGCCGAGGUUAUAAAUGCGCGGGCCGCGGCCGGGCCCCACCGGAGCAGCCGCCCGGGGCGCCGGAGUCGCGGGCCGCGAGGCCGGGAUGAGCGCCAGCGUGGGCGGCAGCGGCAGCGGCGGCGGCGGCGGCGAAAGUGGUAGCAGCAGCAGCAGCUCGCAGGCCUCCUGCGGGCCCGAGUCCUCGGGCUCUGAACUGGCCCCGGCCGCGCCAGCGCCUCGGAUGCUGCAGGGGCUCCUGGGCUCCGACGACGAAGAACAGGAAGACCCCAAGGAUUACUGCAAGGGUGGCUACUACCCUGUGAAGAUUGGUGACCUGUUCAAUGGGCGAUACCACGUGGUUCGCAAGCUGGGCUGGGGCCACUUCUCCACCGUGUGGCUCUGCUGGGACAUCCAGCGCAAGCGCUUCGUGGCCCUGAAAGUAGUCAAGAGCGCGGGGCAUUACACAGAGACAGCUGUGGAUGAGAUCAAGCUCCUGAAAUGUGUCCGGGACAGUGACCCCAGUGACCCCAAAAGAGAGACCAUUGUCCAGCUCAUUGAUGAUUUCAGGAUCUCCGGGGUUAAUGGAGUCCAUGUGUGCAUGGUGCUGGAGGUGCUGGGCCACCAGCUCCUCAAGUGGAUCAUCAAGUCCAACUACCAGGGUCUGCCCGUGCCCUGCGUAAAGAGCAUCGUGAGGCAGGUGCUGCAUGGCCUGGACUACCUCCACACCAAGUGCAAGAUCAUCCACACGGACAUCAAGCCUGAGAACAUCCUGCUGUGCGUGGGGGACGCCUACAUCAGGCGCCUGGCCGCCGAGGCCACCGAGUGGCAGCAGUCAGGGGCCCCACCCCCGUCCCGCUCCACAGUCAGCACUGCCCCCCAGGAAGUCUUGCAGACUGGGAAGCUGUCCAAAAACAAGAGGAAGAAGAUGAGGCGCAAACGGAAGCAGCAGAAGCGGCUGCUGGAGGAGCGCUUGCGGGACCUGCAGAGGCUGGAGGCCAUGGAGGCGGCGGCCGAGGACUCUGGCUUGAGGCUCGAGGCGGGCAGCGGCUCCACCUCAUCUUCUGGCUGCCACGCUGGGGGUGCUGGGGCCGGCCCCUCGCCAGCUUCCUCCUCCCCGGCCCCAGGGGGUGGCCGCAGCCUCAGUGCUGGCUCGCAGACCUCCGGCUUCUCGGGCUCCCUGUUCUCUGCGGCCUCCUGCUCCAUCCUCUCGGGCUCGUCCAAUCAGCGCGAGACCGGCGGCCUCCUGUCGCCCAGCACACCAUUUGGUGCCUCGAAUCUUCUGGUGAACCCCCUGGAGCCCCAAAAUGCAGACAAGAUCAAGAUCAAGAUCGCAGACCUGGGCAACGCCUGCUGGGUGCACAAGCACUUUACUGAGGACAUCCAGACUCGGCAGUACCGGGCCGUGGAGGUACUGAUCGGGGCGGAGUACGGGCCCCCAGCGGACAUCUGGAGCACGGCGUGCAUGGCCUUCGAGCUGGCCACCGGAGACUACCUAUUCGAGCCUCACUCUGGAGAGGACUACAGUCGUGAUGAGGACCACAUCGCUCACAUCGUGGAGCUUCUGGGAGACAUCCCUCCAGCCUUCGCGCUCUCAGGCCGCUACUCCCGGGAGUUCUUCAACCGCAGAGGGGAGCUGCGGCACAUCCACAACCUCAAGCACUGGGGCCUCUACGAGGUCCUCAUGGAGAAGUACGAGUGGCCCCUGGAGCAGGCCACGCAGUUCAGCGCCUUCCUGCUGCCCAUGAUGGAGUACAUCCCUGAAAAGCGGGCCAGCGCUGCCGACUGCCUCCAGCACCCCUGGCUCAAUCCCUAGGCCCCGCUGUGGCUUGGGGCAGCUUGGGCCAGGCCUGCUGCGCCCCCCCCCCCCCCAGCUCUCAGUGCCUUGAGCGAAAGCGGGACAAGUCCCACCCCCCACCCCACCCCCGGCGCUGAUGGCAGGACGGGGGCUGCUGCGGCCAGGCUGCUCUUGCAGAGUCUGUCCUGCCCGUGAGCCUCCUGGAGCGUGCUCCGAGAGGGAAAGUACGUGUGUUUCUUAAUAAAGCGUGCACUGAAAGACCA